AUGUCUGACGAAGCCUCCGACAUCAAGGCCGAGCAGGUCGCCGACCAGAAGUCGACCGUCGACCCCAUCAAGUCGUUCCUCUCCGGCGGCUUUGGUGGUAUCUGUGCCGUCCUCGUCGGCCACCCCUUCGACCUGACCAAGACCCGUCUCCAGACCGCUCCUCCCGGAACCUACACCGGUGCCAUUGACGUUGUCAAGAAGACUCUCGCCCGUGACGGUCUCAAGGGUCUUUACCGUGGUAUCACCCCUCCCCUCCUCGGUGUUACUCCGAUCUUCGCCAUCUCCUUCUGGGGUUACGAUGUCGGCAAGCGCAUCGUCUACGCGCUCACCCCCGAGCGCAAGUCGGAGGCGCUCACCAUGCCCGAGCUCGCCUUCGCCGGUUUCUUCUCGGCUGUCCCCGCCACCUUUGUUGCUGCCCCCGCUGAGCGCAUCAAGGUCCUCCUCCAGGUCCAGGGCCAGGGCGGCAAGCCCGCUUACACUGGCCCCGCCGACGUCGUGAAGAAGCUCUACGCCGAGGGUGGUCUCAAGUCGAUCUUCCGUGGCACUGGCGCCACUCUUGCUCGUGACGGACCCGGUUCGGCCGUCUACUUCCUGACGUACGAGGUUAUCAAGAAGAAGCUCUCUGGCCAGCCGACGAUCGACCCCAAGACCGGCGAGGCCGUCGCCGCUCCCCUCUCCCUCCCCGCCGUCAUGUUCGCCGGUGGUUCCGCCGGUGUUGCCAUGUGGGCCCUCGCCAUUCCCCCCGACACGAUCAAGUCGCGUCUCCAGUCCGCGCCCCAGGGCACCUACUCGGGCUUCAUGGACUGCGCCCGCAAGCUCAUUGCCCAGGACGGCAUCGGCGCCCUCUGGAAGGGCUUCGGCCCCGCCAUGGCCCGUGCCUUCCCCGCCAACGCGGCGACGUUCGUCGGUGUCGAGCUCUCGCUCGCCGCCAUGAACAAGCUCUGGUAA